UCGCUUUGAGUUAAAUUUUUAUUUUUUCUCUUCUUUAUUCAUAAAAGUUCAUAAGAACCCUAGAAAUCAAAGCUCUUGUGAGUUGGGACGCUCCUCUCACCCUCUCUCGUUCUUACUCUUCACCCAUUUUCUCACUCUGUUUCGAUCUUGUGAACUCCAAUUAGUGGGUAGUCUUCCUAAGAUAUUGCCAUUUUUGGUUUGAUUGUUCGUGCGUCGUUUAAUCCCAAGUUCUUGACACUGGUGGAGGAGAAGUGGAGCAGUUUCAGAGGUUUUUCUUCUCUAAGAUUUCUCUAAAUGUGAAGUAGUUACCAGUGAUUGAUAUUAGCAGAUAAAUUAUGAAGCCUCACAGCCAUUGAAAAUUCUUUCAUAACUUUCGUUUUUGGAAAGAUCAACUUCUCUAGCCUCUCCACAGAGGCCUGGGCUGUUCUCUUAUCUGUUCUUCCUUUAAGUCCCUCCAUCAAGGUAUCUCAGUACUAUAAAUCAAAUCAACCAAGAUGACAGUUCGAACUCCAGCUACACCGGCUUCAAAGAUUGACAGGACACCAGUUUCUACACCAGGUGGGCCCAAAGCUAAGGAAGAAAAGAUUGUUGUAACGGUACGGCUAAGGCCAUUAAGCAAACGAGAAGAGUCACUUAAAGAUCAAGUAGCAUGGGAAUGCAUUGAUGAUCAUACUAUCAUAUCCAAGCCACCACCUCAGGAGCGAUCAGUUGCACCAGCCUCCUAUACCUUCGAUAAGGUCUUUGGUCCUGCUUGCUUGACUGAGACAGUCUACGAAGGAGUGAAGAAUGUUGCUUUGUCUGCAUUGAUGGGCAUAAAUGCAACCAUAUUUGCUUAUGGGCAAACUAGUAGUGGAAAGACUUAUACAAUGAGAGGAAUAACGGAGAAGGCAGUCAAUGAUAUAUACGAUCACAUUUCAAAUACUCCAGAGAGAGAUUUUGCAAUAAAGAUUUCUGGACUGGAAAUUUAUAAUGAGAAUGUGAGGGACCUGUUAAAUCUAGAUUCUGGUCGUAAUCUUAAGCUUUUGGAUGAUCCAGAGAAAGGAACUGUGGUUGAGAAGUUGGUAGAAGAGACGGCAAAUAAUGAUCAGCACUUGAGACGUUUGAUCAGCGUUUGUGAAGCUCAAAGGCAGGUUGGUGAAACUGCACUAAAUGAUACCAGCUCAAGAUCACACCAGAUAAUAAGGCUGACGAUAGAGAGUACACACCGCGAGAAUUCAGGUUGUGUGAAGUCUUUUGUUGCAAGCCUGAACUUCGUAGAUCUUGCUGGAAGUGAAAGAGCUUCACAGACUCAUGCAGAUGGUGUUAGGCUCAGGGAAGGGUGUCAUAUCAACCUUAGCUUGAUGACUCUCACAACUGUAAUCAGAAAGCUCAGUGUUGGAAAAAGGAGUGGCCAUAUACCUUAUCGAGAUUCAAAGCUCACACGCAUAUUGCAGCACUCUCUUGGUGGAAAUGCGCGUACUGCUAUCAUCUGUACCUUGAGCCCAGCAUUAAGUCAUGUGGAGCAAUCUCGGAAUACUCUCUCCUUUGCUACUCGUGCAAAGGAAGUCACUAAUACUGCCCAAGUAAACAUGGUAGUGUUUCAGAAACAACUGGUGAAACAUUUGCAAAAGGAAGUAGCCAGACUUGAGGCAGAGCUUCGCACCCCUGACCCAUCCAAUGAGAAAGAUCUGAAAAUUCAGCAGAUGGAGAUGGAAAUUGAAGAACUGAGGCGUCAAAGAGAUCUUGCUCAAACCCAAGCGGAUGAAUUGCGUAGGAAAGUGCAGGAACAGCUGGUUGUGAACCCAUUUGAAUCACCCCGCCCAGUAGUCAAGUGCCUCACCUUUUCGGGUUCAGUAUCACCAAAACUUGAUGGAAAGGAGUCUGCUCGUGGUGAUAGGACAGGAAACACACUGGGAAGGCAGACCAUGAGGCAAUCUUCAACUGCUCCCUUCACACUCAUGCAUGAAAUUCGGAAGCUUGAGCAACUCCAGGAGCAGCUUGGAGACGAAGCAAACCGGGCACUGGAAGUACUACAAAAGGAGGUUGCUUGUCACAGAUUAGGAAAUCAAGAUGCGGCAGAGACUAUUGCCAAGCUACAAGCUGAAAUAAGGGAAAUGUGUGCUGUGAGGUCCACAGUAAAACAAGUAGAAGUGGGAGAAGUUGUUGCUGCUAACAAGAGUGUCAGUGCCAACCUCAAGGAUGAGAUCACCAGGCUUCAUUCACAGGGAAGCACCAUUGCUAAUCUUGAGGAGCAGCUUGAAAAUGUUCAGAAGUCUAUCGACAAGUUGGUAAUGUCUCUCCCAAGUAAAAUUCAACAAUCCAAUAGUGAGGUUACUCCAAGAUCCAAGAGUCAGUCAAAGAAGAAGAAAAUGCUUCCUUUGGCUGCGAGUAACAGUGCCAAUCUACAAAAUCUCUUAAGAUCUCCAUGCUCACCUCGGUCAUCAUCUCGGAAAGUAUUGGAAUCUGAGACGGAGAACAAAGCUCCAGAGAACAAUAACAUCGUAUCUAGUGGGAUUUUACCCGAACCUGAGAAAGUGACGCCAACAAAGAGUGAAGAUGGUGGAGAUAUAUCAUCAAGGGAAGGAACCCCCUGCUAUCAACGCUCAAGUUCUGUAAACAUGAGAAAAAUGCAAAAGAUGUUCCAGAAUGCAGCUGAGGAGAAUGUGAGAAGCAUAAGGGCAUAUGUUACAGAGCUUAAAGAACGUGUGGCCAAGCUCCAGUACCAGAAGCAGUUGCUUGUUUGCCAGGUGUUGGAACUAGAAGCAAAUGAAACUGCUGGAUACAACAUGGAGAAUGAUGACAACACAUCUGAGAUACAAGAGCUUCCUGUCUCAUGGCAUGUCACUUUUCAGGAGCAAAGGAACCAAAUUAUUGAGUUGUGGGAUAUAUGCCAUGUGUCAAUCAUACGUAGGACGCAAUUCUACUUGUUAUUCAAGGGUGACCCAGCAGAUCAGAUUUAUUUGGAGGUUGAGCUUCGUCGCUUGACUUGGUUGCAGCAGCACUUCGCAGAGCUCGGGAAUGCAAGCCCAGCUCACUUUGGUGAUGAGCCAACCAUCUCCAAAUCGUCAAGUAUCAGAGCAUUAAAGCGUGAAAGGGAGUUCCUUGCUAGGAGGGUGAUCACACGAUUGACUGCAGACGAACGAGAUGCCUUGUACAUAAAAUGGGAUGUCCCACUUGAUGGAAAGCAGAGGAAGCUACAACUUGUAAAUAAGCUAUGGGUAGAUCCUCAUGAUGCCAAUCAUGUAGAAGACAGUGCUGAGUUAGUGGCGAAGCUUGUGGGAUUCUGUGAAGGUGGGAAAGUAUCAAAAGAGAUGUUUGAGCUCAACUUCGUGGUUCCAGCUGACAAGAGACCAUGGAUUCUAGGAUGGAAUCCAAUCUCAAAUCUUUUACACUUCUAGGAGAUGUUUGAGAUAUUUGAGCUCAACUUCAUGGUUCCAGCUGACAAGAGACCAUGGAUUCUGGGAUGGGAUCCAAUCUCAAAUCUCUUACAAUUGUAGGAGAUCUUCAUUAGAUCUUUCAUCAUCAACAUUGCGAGAGAUUCAAAGUAGACAAUAACUGUGAAAAUUACUGUAUUCAUUCAUUACCUUGUACAAAAGCAGGCGUCUACCAUUUGGGCUGGUCGACUUCUGCAUAUCUUCCCUCCUGUUUUUAUCCAUGAUGGUAUUUGAUUUUAUCCAUUAUAAAGACUGUGUUUUGUUCUAUGAUGAGUGCAAUAAGUAAUGGUUACUUCACAAA